GAGAACUUUCGGUUUGACCUCCAUACUUCCCUUAUUUACGGCUAUGCCCCUUCCUGAAUCGCCUUCAUCUGUCAUCUACGCCGCGAAGUAAAAAGCCGAACCGAUCAAUUCGAGUAAAUCUAACCAGAACCCUGCUUGUUGAUUUCCUCACUGUUCAUAGAUUUCGUUUGCUGCUUUGGUAUGUUAAUUUCUCGGUUCACGAAGGUUGGAUAUCGAGUUUUCAGACAGCUCCACUGUGUGGGCUUUUUAUCGGGACCCAAGUCUUUAGCAGGCAACAGAGGAUGCAUUCAACUAUUGGCAGACAGAAGGGUUUUCCACAAUUCCUACAUGCAGAGAUUUCGACCCUUUUCUGAGUCUACCGCUAGUACUUCACAGCAAGACAAUGAAGCUAAGCAAACGAUAACUGUAAUUUUUGUUAGCAAAGACGGGGAAGAGAAGCGCAUCAAAGUCCCAGUCGGAAUGUCCAUGUUAGAAGCUGCACACCAGAACGACAUAGAACUCGAAGGAGCAUGUGAGGCAUCACUAGCUUGUUCAACAUGUCAUGUUAUCGUGACGGACACUGAAUACUACAACAAGCUCGAAGAGCCGACAGAUGAAGAGAAUGACAUGUUGGAUCUUGCUUUUGGUCUAACCGAAACGUCUCGAUUGGGAUGCCAAGUGAUUGCAACGCCAGAGCUUGAUGGCAUUCGGCUAGCGAUUCCUGCUGCAACCAGAAACUUUGCUGUCGAUGGUUUUGUUCCGAAGCCUCAUUAGACUUUUCAAAAGAUGAAACUGGCAAUGGCUUCUGAAUCAGACCAAACUGGUUCUUGUUUUUGUACCGGAAAAGGGCAAAGAGACAUGGCGACAUGGCUCAUUUCUGUCAGUAUGUCCAAAUGGAACUUUUCUGCAAAAGGAUCUUGUGUUUCACAGAAACAGAAAAAGAAAUGGAUGAAACAUAAUCCUUACCAUAAA